AUGACUGGAAUUUUCACCACAAAAAAAACAAUAGGUCGCGGGGUUUAUUCUUGCAACACCUGCAACAAGUCAUUCAAGGACCCGAACCCACUGAAAAUCCACCUCAUGCUGGACUGCGAAACCCAAUCAGCGUCUGAUUUCUGGGCCCGUCUGUUCAAGCCCUCGUCGUCGGGUUCUACUUCCGCCAUCAAAACCAGCAAUGGGUCGUCGAGAUCUGCAGCAGAAAACCUGGCGAAAUUGGGCACGUCGUCUGCCAAUAACGGACAAACUCUGCCGGAAUUCUUCAAGCCGGUCAAAUUCCCCCCAAAUAAUCGGGGUCCCAUCGACUUCCAUCAGUCGUCCAUUCCUGUCACUUCAGUAAUCUACUCCAGGAAAUUGAAUUGGGUUAGGGACGUCGUCGACGUCGACGACGACGUCGUCACCCGGUUAACACGCCUAAAGGACGUGAAAAGGGUGGGCCUUAGGGCAAGGGACGGGUGCGAAGUCGCGAAGAUCCGGAACCUUCCAAGGGACGGCUAUACCCAGGGUUGCCAGCAUCACCUGCGUUCCACCGGCCACCUCAGACCCCCGUGGAAAUGUCCUUGCCAACAAAGGGAAAGGUGGUCAUUUGUAGGACCAGGAACCAGUUCAGUACUGCAGCCUUCACCCCCUCAACCAUCAACACCAGGGGCUCACAUGUCUAAUGCUGACCUAGAGACAAUGGUCUCCAACAUUGGUAGAGGGAAAGGUGGUCAUUUGUGCCUUUACUGUGGGAAAAUAUACUCAAGGAAGUAUGGAUUGAAGAUCCACAUAAGGACUCAUACUGGGUACAAACCAUUGAGGUGCAAGGUUUGCCUGAGGCCAUUUGGAGACCCCAGCAAUCUGAACAAGCACAUCAGGCUUCAUGCCCAAGGAGACACUCCUUACAGGACUCAUACUGGGUACAAACCAUUGAGGUGCAAGGUUUGCCUGAGGCCAUUUGGAGACCCCAGCAAUCUGAACAAGCACAUCAGGCUUCAUGCCCAAGGAGACACUCCUUACAGAUGCGACCUCUGCGGCAAGAUCCUCGUGAGACGACGCGACUUGGAACGACAUCUACUCUCCCGUCACCCAGACCAAGCGCCCACAUCUUCCGGGCUGUCCGCAGAGAACGCUCGACGGCAAGAGCCCGACACCAGCGGUUGCCAAUCGCGCGACGCCGACGACGACCAAGACCUCGACGUCGGAACUGAAAGAAGACCCAUGACCUCAACCAGCUCAUUCCGGGUCAUGGACUUGUCCUCUUCGCAGCGGCGAAGAACGUCGGAUUCGUCAGAUGAUUUCGCGCCGUCAUCUUCCACAGCGGCUUGUGAAGACAUAGACAAACUUUUCCCAUUGCCCGAGCCGUUCCUUGCGUUCUUCCUCCGUUUCCUCUAUCCUAUAUUUCGUUUUACCGUCCCACAACUCGGCGAUGAGGCGCCGGUCGCCGAAGAGUCGCCGGUUCAUGAUUUGCACGCACAAGUCGGAAUUCUCGAAUUCCUUGAACACUACUUCCGCCACGCCGUCGGGAUGCCGAUCGUGAAGCACCACCUUUUUCGCGCCGCCGAAUUUUUCGCACUCGCUCUUCAAUUGCGUCUGCACGUCUAA